GAGUGUCCGUUCUGUGACGGAGCAACGAUUGUGACGAGCUGGAUGUUAUUAAUAGUAUCUCAGUCACGGAUUCUUAACUUUUGUUCAUGAUCACCCAGAUUGCACACGCAGUAGCGAAGGAAGACGUCAAACGUUGAAAGGAAAAAGGUUGUGUCAGUAAUGAUGGAAUCAUUUGCACAGAUCAGAUUUCAAGCUGGUCCGUAUGUGCCUGUUAUUUUGGUUUUGCUUGUUGACUUUUCCUGUUCGAGUGAGUUCCGUGAGGACCUUUUCACAUCAAUGCCCGGAUGUUCCGAAGGUGUCAUUCUUCCAGUGACUCCUGUCAACUCUGAUGUUGUGGAAUCUCAAGGUCAGUGUUUGGCAAGCUGUCUUGGAGAUUCCAGCUGUAUGUCCGUCAACCUCUGUGAUGAUCCCCAGAGUGGACAGGUGUGUCACAAACUACCUGACACAUCAAACGGGUCGUGUUCUGAUCUGGAGGCAGCCGCUGGUUGUGUCUUUCUGGAGCCGGUGAAUGUGUGCCAACAUGGAGGAACGUACAACGACGCCGUGUCCAGGUGUGACUGUUAUGAUGACUUCACGGGACCCUACUGUGAGAGGCGGUACAGAGACUGUUCUGAGGCCUUCAACGAUGGAAUGAGAGGGGGAACGUCCAACUAUCGAAUCAUCAGUAUCCAGCCUCUUAACGCUCCGAGGGAGUACGAGGUGCAAUGUUUACUUGGCUUCGGAGGGUGGACGGUGGUCGAAGAACGAGGAUCUGGCUGCCAGAACGACUACAACAAGACAUGGGCUGAAUACAAGGCUGGAUGGACCACGCCAUGCAACAGAUGGCUCGGACUUGAAGCUCUACACUUCAUCUCAAACCAACGUACAACAACCUUCGAUAUAUACGUGCGUGGAACUGGUUCAUUAAGUGGACAAUACUACUACACUAAUUUCAAGAUUGGCGAUGAAGCCAGUGGGUACACUCUCACAUACACUGGUAACUAUAAGCAUCCUUCUAAAGCAACGGGGAAUGGAUUUGAGUACGAAUUAGCAAGCAAGCACAUCAAUGGUCAAAGGUUCGCCACUUGGGACCACCCCGACCCCUCGGGAUGUGCUGUAAGUGGUGGGGCAGGGUGGUGGUAUGGGACAGACUGCCCUCUUACAAAUCUCCACAAGAAGUUCGAUACCAGUGCAUCGGCGUCGAACGUGGCACAAUGGAUAGAUGACUUGGACCUUCUGGAAAAGGUAUCUUUUGUGAAAACAGAGGUUAAGGUGCUUUGGUAGCAGACCGUAUGAGGUUCUAAAGCUGUCAUUCAAAUAAGACACUGGUCAUGUUCCGAAUACUUGGGAACACUUGGUACACUGCCCUUCUACAACACACUAUGGUCUUCACAUAUUGAUGGUACAUGUAUGUCUGUGUGACUCAUACACAGUGAGACAAAGGUCGGUCUGUACUUAUUGUUAUCUGGGAAUCUGGAUGGUUUGGACAGGACCUGAAAUAAUUGUUAAUUCAAUUAUCGCUCAUUCGAGUUCUUUUCAUGAAAAACGUAGGCGAUCAAUCUUGGUAUUACAAUUCAGUUUCUAUCUUAUUGCUUCUAGGUUCAACCGUUUGGUAAUAAUAUUCAUUUCAACAUUAGUCAUGGACAAAUAUUGUUUUCUUGUUUUUGUUUCUGUGUAUAUCUAUCACAUGUAUACAUCUGUAUUAGAUGUACGGACAGCGCCAACAUGCAUGUACAUACAAUUAAGCGCGUGUGAAUGUAAUUUAGUGAUGUUUAUGUAAGAAUGUCAUUCGCUGUAAAUAAUUAACUCGUGGUGUAUAUUUCUGUAGACUGUCGAACCCAAUAUCUGAUCCUGAACCUGUGAGACAUAAAAUAAAAGUGUUGAUCUCA